UGGCAGCUGGACGACUUUGUGCUCGAUCCGGGCUAUGUCGCAUCUCGAGAGGAGCUGCGCUGGCUGAUGCUCAAUACUGCGCAAACUGCCCCGUCUUCUCCAGCUCAUGUCGAUAGCUUUGCCUCCGAAGCAGACCAACAGGGCGGCGAGACUCUGUCUUCAGCACAGCACCAAAGUUCUCAUUUACUAUCACAGGGUCGACGGGUCGAGUAUUUCAAGAACUAUAUCAGCCAAGUUGCGCCAUGGCUUGACAUGUUUGACAGCUCUCGUGCCUUCGGGAUACAAGUCCCUCUGCUAGCACAAACAUCUCCAGCUCUCCUCUGCGCGAUCCUAGCCAUCUCAGCGCGGCAAAUGGAGCGCAAGGAAGCCUCCAAUGGAACGCCGACACCCCAAAAGAGCUUCGAUAGCCUGGAGCUGUAUCAAGAGUCAAUUCGGCUCCUGACGCCUCUCUUGGAAGCCCAUGACCCGGCGGUUAUCCCCAUUUGCGUGAUUCUUUGUUGCCUUGAGAUGAUGUCUGCGAGCGCAAGAGACUGGCGUCGCCAUCUAGAAGGAUGUGCAGCUCUGUUCGACGCAUUCCAGGUCCACGGGUUCUGUGGUGGCUUGCUUCAAGCUGUGUUCUGGUGUCACGCGAGAAUGGAUCUAUGCGGCGCUUUGAUAUCGGAUGGCACGCAGAGUACCAUCAUCCCACCCAUUGCUUGGCUAUCCCCUGGCACAGACGAGGCAAACGCUCGGCAGUGUUUUCACAAGAUGCAGAGCCCCGAUAUGCACGCCAACUACGCAGUGUAUCUCUGCGCAAAAGCCUGUGAGCUCAUCUCGGACCGUACUCAUCACGACGAGCUAGGUGUUUCCAACGGAUGCACGGCAGAAGUCUUUUCUUCCCGUUGGACGAGACUAUGGGACGAUCUACAGGCUUGGAUCGAUGACCGUCCCCAUGAGCUACUGCCAUUGCAGACUGUCGAAUCGCAGCCUUUUCCACAAAUCCUCUAUCUUCAUUGGGCCGCCAUCUCAUCCAAUCAGCUGCAUCACACUGCUUGUCUGAUGUUGCUGGGUUCGAUGCCCAAGAGGCAGAGUCCCAUUCCAGGUGUGACGGGGUCAAGCAUAUGGCACGCAAAGCGCAUCUGUGGAAUCUCCUUGACUAAUCCACACCAUGGUUGUUUGAACAAUGCGAUUCAGCCGUUGUGGUUGGCAGGAAGGCUUCUAAGCCAUGAAUCGGAGCACUCUAUCCUCGUUGACCUGAUCCGUGACAUCGAGUCCACAACGGGCUGGGGGACCUGCUGGCGAAUUCCCGACCUUGGAGCGGCCUGGGGCUAUUCUGUU